AUGGCAGAGCUUGAGUUGGUAGAAAUUCCGCGUUGCUACUACCAGGCUGACUCCAGCAUCAACGAAGCCAGGAUCGAGCUUCACACGUUCGUAGAUGCUAGUGAGCUUGGGUACGCAGCCGUUUCCUAUUUCCGGUUUGAAAGGAAUGGACAUGUUCAUUGUGCGCUCAUCGGCAGCAAGACUCGAGUAGCGCCCCUCAAGUUCGUCUCCAUUCCCCGGCUGGAGCUGCAAGCAGCAGUCAUCGGUUCACGCUUGGCCAAGAGUAUCGAGGCAGGCCACUCUAUCAAGGUCGACCGUCGUUAUUUCUGGACUGAUGCUCGGAACGUCAUGUGCUGGUUACAAUCGGAUCACCGCCGGUACUCUCAGUUCGUGGCUUUCCGCGUGGGUGAAAUAUUGGAAGAGACGGACGUUACGGAAUGGAGGUGGAUAGGUACAAAGGAGAACGUGGCUGACGACGGAACAAAGUGGCAGUACAAACCGGAUCUCAAGCCAGCAAGUCGUUGGUUCAACGGGCCAUCGUUCCUGUGGAGACCCAAAAUGGAAUGGCCGGAGUCGUCGCUAAAUGGCCAGGAAACCGCCGAAGAAAUCCGUUCAAGCGUGAUGCACCAUUCAGUUGGGAGAGUUCGUACCGUUUUGUUGCCAGAGAACUUCUCAUCGUGGUACCGCUUACGGCGAGCAACGGCUUUCGUCCAACGGUUCGUGAACAAUAUCCGGCUGAAGAAGGAAGGCCAACAACGGAAUGUCGGGCCGCUAACGCAGCACGAGUUUCUCAAUGCGGAAGUGUUCCAAAUCAAACGAGCACAGGAAGAUGUCUACGCAGAUGAACUAGCAAUCCUAGCAGCGGGUGAUCGCCGACUCCAGAAGAAGAACAGCCUGUUCAAGGUUAGUCCGUUCGUUGACAAGCGGGGCGUGAUGCGCAUCCACAGUCGGUUGGGCGAAUGCGACUUCGUAGACGAGAGCAGCAGGUAUCCCAUCGUGCUCCCUCGAGAGCAUCCCGUUACUGCUCUUCUCGUACGUGACGUUCAUCUGCGAUAUCAUCAUCAGUGCCACGAAACCUGUGUGAACGAAGUGCGCAAAGGAUUCCACAUCCCACGAGUUCGCAGGGUCUACGAUCGAGUGCGUCGAAAUUGUCAGUUAUGCGAGAUACAACGCGCUGCACCAGCACCCCCGAUGAUGGCUUCGUUACCGAAGGCAAGGAUGGCAGCCUUCGUGCGCCCGUUCUCGUACGUGGGCGUGGACUUCUUCGGACCGUUCUUCGUCGUUGUAGGACGUCAUCACGAGAAGCGCUGGGGUGUCAUCGUAACAUGUCUUACGGUUCGAGCGAUACACCUCGAAUUGGCUGCCUCGUUAAACACCAGCUCAUGCAUCCUAGCUCUGCGGAACUGCUUUGCUCGACGAGGAACUCCUGUGGAAAUCAUAAGCGAUCGUGGGACGAACUUUGUGGGUGCGGAUAAGGAACUUGAAGAGGCGGUAGCGGCGUUGGAUCAGAACAGACUUAUGGCGGAAUUUGUCACGACAAGAACAACGUGGCACUUCAACCCUCCUGCAUCGCCGCAUAUGGGUGGCUGUUGGGAGCGGCUCAUUCAAUCCGUGAAGAAAGUUCUGUCCCAGAUCAAACCGAAACGAGUACCGACGGAAUAA